GGAGGACCUCGCUAGCUCUGACGACAUGCGGCCGAUCUGCAGAAGCUUCGCGGUUCUCCGGCGCGUCAGAACCGACAUACCCGCUCUUCACAGGCUUCAAAGCCCUGCCAAAUAUCGUAACCACAUUCAAUUAUCUCUUCUUGGAUUACUAUAUUCUACCAGCCACCCAGGUCGACCACUUUACCGCUUCAACCGCCCGGCGCAAGCCCGCCAUGGACGACUACGAUAAUGAGCAUGACCACGAUUCCAAUGCGAGCUCCGACGAACAGGAGCACGACCAAGAUCAGCAAGAUGACAACAUGACAAUGGAAGACGGGGACGAGAUGGAGGUAGACGAGGACGACGCAUUCAACGAGGAAGAUGAAGACCAAGAUGAUGGCGACAAUGACGGAGAUGGGGACGGAGAUGGGGAUCAAGAUCAGGAGCAGGACCAAGACGGCGAACAGGACGCAGACCAGGAUCAAGAUCAAGAGCAAGAUCAGGAACAGGAAGGCGAUCAAGAGGAAGACAACACCACAAAGGUCGACAGGCCAUCACAUUCGAAGUCCAACUCGAUAGACUCGCCUAUGACGCCGAAAUUCCGUCCAAAGGUCCGACCAGAAGCCAUCACCGCGAAGCUGUACGAUAUCGUGCCGACCAUGGCAGCCCCACAGGCGACAUCUAUCAAUGCCAUCGCCAUCACGCCCGACCUGCGGUAUUGGAUGACGGGCGGGUCAGACGGGUACAUCCGGAAAUACGACGGCCCAGGCACCAUCAACGGCAAGCAACUGUUGACUGUUGCCCAGAGGCACCCCUUUGUCGACAGCGUGACGAAGGCUGGAAUACUCAUGUCGUAUUGGGAGAAUCUGGAACCUGCGCCACCUAACCCAAGGGGCGGUGCAAGUGAUGCUGACCGCGUCCUGUCUCCGGUCUACAGUCUAGCAGUCCAUCGCGACGCCCUGUGGCUUCUGGCUGGUCUGGAGAGCGGUGGAAUCAACCUACACAGUGUGAGACAUGACGAGGGUAAAACCAUACACGUGCUGCAAGAACACAAGAACGCUGUGUCGGUGUUGCAACUGGCACCAGACGAGAAGAGCGUGCUGAGCGGGAGCUGGGACAAAAACAUCCUCGACUGGGAUCUGAAUACCGGCAAGACAAUUCGAGAUUUCAGAGGAAGCGGUGGUCAGAUCUCAGCUCUUGAACCUCGGCCCUUGAGUGGCGCACCGAUCCCUGCAGAAGCAGCACAAGAGAAUGUCCAGAGCGACACGUUCCGCCCCAGCACGCGGACCAAUGGCUUCUUCAGCAACGGGCCCGACUCGGGAGUUCCCAACGGUGGCGCGAUGGCCAACGGCGAUAGCAUGGGAGAUGGCGAGGGGUCUGAUCACGAGUCGCUCUUUGGAAGUCCGGCAGGGUCACUCUUUGGAGACGGUAACAACAACAUGGGCGCAGACAACCCAUUCGGUGGAGACAACGACAACGACGGGUACUCGCAUGCAAUGCUAGAGCCCCUUGAUGAUGCUCCUCACGGAGAUGGCGAUGUGACCAUGGGUGGCGACGUGACAACGGGUGAUGCCUCUCACGACACGACAGACCACCCACCAGCUGAAGCUGCGCCGAGUUCGACCCAAGACACCGCGCAAAAGCAGGCGGAACAACCAUCCGCCUCCGACGCCGCAAGCAAUCAGCUCAAGCCCCAGGACGCAUCGCAAGCCGACCAACAACGACCGUCAACCGCUCAGACCGACGGCGACUCAAAGCAGCCCUCGAUACACUCCCCAACUCUCGUCUUCAACAACCCCGCCCCGGCCCAGUUCGACCCCACACAGACCUCCGAGUCGACUUUCCUCUCCGCCUCAAUGGACGGUGUCCUCCGGAUCUGGGACCGCCGGGUCCCCGCGCCCCUCGCCAGGAUCGGCACGCGGCCCGGCGUCCCGCCCUGGUGCAUGGGCGCCUGCUGGUCGCCCGACGGUAACACCAUCUACGCGGGGCGGCGCAACGGCACGGUGGAGGAGUACAACAUCCACAAGGCCACGUCUAACUGGCAGCCGGAGCGUACCCUCAAGUUCCCCGCCGGCAGCGGUGCCGUCUCGGCCGUGCGGACUAUGGUCAACGGGAGGCACCUGGUGUGUGCCAGCCACGACAUCCUCCGGCUGUAUGACCUGCGGGACCCGCGCGCCUUUAAGCAUGGCGCCGUGCCCUUCUUGAUUAUCCCGGGACCCCCUAGGGCGGGCGUCAUCUCGCAGUUGUAUAUUGAUCCUACGUCCAAGUUCAUGCUUACGGCCGCCGGCACGAGGGGCUGGGAGGGGAGCAGCACGGAGGUACUUAUCGGGUAUGAGAUUGGCUGUGUCAAUAAUUGAUCUUGUCGUAGUGUUUCUUGACAGCGGUGUAGGUUAUGUGUUUUUCUUGGCGUGGGGCUUGGACUUCGGCUUUGGCAAGGUUACUCGCCCAGCCGGUUAGGUCCCAGGUGUUCAGCGGUUUUUGGUGGGUUUGUUUGAAGAGGCGUUUCAGGGGAAAGGAAGCAAAUUACCGUGGUGGUAUUAACGAAAAGUGUUUAAGCGGCGGCACUGGGAGGCUUAGAGUGUGGAGCCAGGCGAUCUGCUUCAUGCUCAAAAUUCUGGUAUCAAUACCCCAUGGCUAUAAUUAUACUUCAAUAAUGUCUCUUCCAAUACGAUGUCUUCACUAGA